CCCCCGCGCGGCGCGGGGCGCUGAGCGCGCGGCCCUGGCGGCGCACGGCGGCGGCAGAGCCCCUGUCGGAGCCUGCGUGCCGGCCAUCGCGCGCCGCGCCGCGCCGAGCGGCAAGAAGCGUCUGACUCCUGCUGUUCCUCGCCAGGGUCCCCGGGGGCUGGUGUAG